UUUAGGGGGGGCGGGCACGCCGGGGGCGGAAGCGGCCGCAAUCAUGGCGGCCGCAGUGCCGCGCGUUCUGGUCGUGCUACUCUUCCUAAGGCUGGUCGGCUGGGGCCAUGCAGAGCCCCCACGCGAUAGCUUUCGGGAGGAGCUCGUCAUCACCCCGCUGCCUUCCGGGGACGUAGCCGCUACUUUCCAGUUCCGUACGCGCUGGGAUUCGGAACUGCAGCGGGAAGGAGUAUCUCAUUACAGGCUCUUCCCCAAAGCCCUGGGCCAGCUGAUCUCUAAGUAUUCUCUGCGGGAACUGCACCUGUCAUUCACGCAAGGUUUCUGGAGAACGCGAUACUGGGGGUCACCCUUCCUACAGGCCCCAUCAGGUGCAGAGCUCUGGGUCUGGUUCCAAGACACUGUCACUGAUGUGGAUAAAUCUUGGAAGGAGCUCAGUAAUGUGCUCUCAGGGAUCUUCUGCGCCUCUCUCAACUUCAUUGACUCCACCAACACAGUCACUCCCACUGCCUCCUUCAAACCUUUGGGGCUGGCUGAUGACACCGAUCACUACUUCUUGCGCUAUGCUGUGCUGCCAAGGGAGGUUGUCUGCACUGAAAACCUCACCCCAUGGAAGAAGCUCUUGCCCUGUAGUUCCAAGGCAGGCCUCUCUGUGCUCCUGAAGGCUGAUCGCUUAUUCCAUACGAGUUACCACUCCCAGGCAGUGCAUAUCCGCCCUAUCUGCAGAAACGCACGCUGUACCAGCAUCUCCUGGGAGCUGAGGCAGACCCUCUCGGUUGUGUUUGACGCCUUCGUCACGGGGCAGGGGAAGAAAGACUGGUCCCUCUUCCGGAUGUUCUCCCGAACCCUCACAGAGCCCUGCCCUCUGGCUUCAGAGAGCCGAGUCUACGUGGACAUCACCAGCUACAGCCAGGACAAUGAGACAUUGGAGGUGAACCCACCCCCCACCACCACUUACCAGGAUGUCAUCCUGGGCACUCGGAAAACCUAUGCUGUCUAUGACUUGCUUGACACAGCCAUGAUCAAUAACUCCCGCAACCUCAACCUUCAGCUCAAGUGGAAGAGGCCCCCAGAGAAUGAGGCCCCACCAGUGCCCUUCCUGCACGCCCAGCGUUACGUGAGUGGUUACGGACUGCAGAAGGGGGAGCUGAGCACGCUGCUGUACAACACCCACCCGUACAGGGCCUUCCCGGUGCUGCUGCUGGACGCCGUGCCCUGGUACCUGCGGCUGUAUGUGCACACCCUCACCAUCACCUCCAAGGGCAAAGAGAACAAACCAAGUUACAUCCACUACCAGCCUGCCCAGGACCGGCAGCAGCCCCACCUCCUGGAGAUGCUGAUUCAGCUGCCAGCCAACUCAGUCACCAAAGUCUCCAUCCAGUUUGAGCGGGCGCUGCUCAAGUGGACCGAGUACACUCCGGACCCCAACCAUGGCUUCUAUGUCAGCCCAUCUGUCCUCAGUGCCCUUGUGCCCAGCUUGGUGGCAGCAAAACCAGUGGACUGGGAAGGGAGCCCUCUCUUCAAUACCCUAUUCCCGGUCUCGGAUGGCUCCAGCUACUUCGUGCGACUCUACACGGAGCCACUGCUGGUGAACCUGCCCACACCUGACUUCAGCAUGCCCUACAACGUGAUCUGCCUCACGUGCACCGUGGUGGCCGUGUGCUAUGGCUCCUUCUAUAAUCUCCUCACCCGAACCUUCCACAUCGAGGAGCCCAGCACCGGAGGCCUGGCCAAGCGCCUGGCUAACCUUAUCCGGCGAGCUCGUGGUGUCCCCCCACUCUGAGGCUCACCCUCUUCAGCAGCUGCAGCUGGUGUUUCUCUCUGGGGAGGGGUGGUGAUGGUCCCUGGGGCAUUAUCUGCUACUGCCUCUCCCCAGAGUUGGAUUUUGAACCAAACUGCCCUGAACUGCGCCAGGGCCCAGAGCUAUGCUCUCCAGUGCAGUAGCCAUGAGGUAAAGUUGGUGUUUAAAUUUAAGUUAAAUUAAAAUUUUAUUUCCUCGGUGGAAGUGUGAGGUAGCCACACUUCAAGUGUUCAGCAACCAGAAGAAAUUAGUGCUGCAGCAGUGGACAGCACAGGCCAGUGUUUGCAUCUUUGCAGAAAGUUGUGUUGCACAGCACUGGCCCAGGUAAUAGGGUGUGCUGAAGAGUCCGUGGCAAUGUGUGGUGCGUGGAAUUUACUGGUUGUGGAAUAAAACGUGGCUACUUCCCCAGU